GUCCACUAAUAGCCUAACCCUAAGCUUCACUACAAAACCCAAUCUCUUCGUACAUCAAAGGGUUAUUCAACGGCGUCAGUCUUCUCUGCUAUUUCUGUUCGAUUCUCCGCCGGCGACAAUGGUGAACGUUCCUAAGACAAAGAAGACUUACUGCAAGUCGAAGGAGUGCAAGAAGCACACCUUGCAUAAGGUUACGCAAUACAAGAAGGGGAAAGAUAGCUUAGCUGCUCAAGGAAAGCGUCGUUAUGAUCGCAAGCAGUCAGGUUAUGGUGGACAAACAAAGCCCGUCUUUCACAAAAAGGCAAAGACCACAAAGAAGAUUGUCUUGAGAUUGCAAUGCCAAGGUUGCAAACAUGUGUCGCAACACCCAAUCAAGAGGUGCAAGCAUUUUGAGAUUGGUGGAGACAAGAAAGGAAAAGGAACCUCUCUUUUCUAGAUUGCUUGUGAAGCAGAAUUUGAUCUUUCUCUUCUGUUCUAUUAACUGUUCAGAUAUUUUUGUUAUAUUGAAUGUAGUCAAGGAGUUUAUGUUAUCAGUUCAUGAUUAAUUAUGUGCUCAAUCAGUGAUUUUAUCAGGAGAUGAAAUGAAUAUUUUAAGUUUUUGAUUUAGCAGUUUUGAUUGUCUUGUUGAUGCAAUGAUGCUUAAGCUUUGGCAAGAAAGUUCAACAGAUGUACUGUCCUUGAGUACAUCAAUUCGAACAUUGGUGUUGUAUUGUUUAUUUAGCUACUUAAAAGUAGAAUCUGUAGUGGAAGUUACAUUUGUUGCAAGGUA